UCGGGGGGCCUGAUUCACGUUGGCCAACCACUGGGACUUGGCCCCGGAUUCAGAAGGAGUCGGACGGACCGCGCCAUUGCUGGCCCCUGGCUGUCCGUGAUACGCCCUCCAGCCGCAUCCCUACGGCAGCCGUGGAGCAUGGCCGCUGGCUCAGCCGCGCCAUCACCCGCCUCAGCCCAAGAUUGAUUGAAUUGCGUCGUGGGUGACACACCCCCUGCGCCCGUCCACCCACCUGGGGGUGCCAUUCGGGGGCGGGGCUGGACCCUUUUCACCCGCUACAUGAGCCGUGAUCCCGCCGCGCCCCCGCUCAGCCGCCCUGGGGGCCUGACGCUACCCGGUCCAACCGCAUUAACGCCGCCUCGCCCGUGGGGCUGGGCCUCUCCGUCUCGCCCGCUCCCGCCCUAAAAGGCGGGGCGGAUGGAGCGGCCGCCCCCCUCGGCCCCUGGGCCCCUGUCGUCGGCUGGCCCGGCCGGUGUGUUGGAUGCGGGCAACCAAGCGCUCAAGCAUCGCGAUUACGCCACCGCCAUUCGGGAGUUUCAAGCCGUCAUUCAGAAUCCGACCACGCCCGGUCAUAUGGUCAAAACAGCCAAAUGUAAACUCGUCAUUGCACUUCUGGCCGAUGGCCAGGAGGACGAGGCUCAAAAGAUCAGCCGCGAAGACACACCGCCGAUUCCCGAAGCCCCGAUCGCCCAGUCUCCGGUCCCACCCGCGUCCACGGAGGCGGAACCGCCGCCCGAAGCCGAGUCCACGCCCACCCAUGGCGGGUCGGACCCGAGUACCAAGGCCAAAAAGCGAGAUCGGGUCCGCGAAAAGAAGGUCAAGACCAAGACCAAGGCUAACAAGACCCAUAAGCAUGAGGAAUCCACUUUUCAUUGCUCUUAUUGUAAUGUGCUCUGUCCGAAUAAGACCGCCUUUGAGACGCAUAAGAGAAGUGAUUCCCACCAACAAGUCAUCAUGUCGGAUGAGGGCAAGGUUUGGAAGUUUCGUGCUCCUCCUCGAGGAAUGCGGGCGGAAUCAUACACCCUAUGUCAGCAGUUCUUGACCGAGGAAUCGUGUCGUUUUGGCGUGCAGUGCGUGGCUGCUCACUCCAAAGAAGAACUUCGGGAAUGGAAAGAGCGCUUCGAUUACCGGCAAAAGAAAGCGUUGAAGGCCACCCGUCUCUACGGCAAAUCAUUCGUCGAAACCGUCAUCGAAAAGUGGUCGUCAGCCCAAAAUCCGAGAAGCAUUCUUGCCAACCGCUUGGAUGACAUCGAAUGCUCUUGCGAUCGAGACCUGAGUACUCAGGUGGAAUCGAAGCAAAGCAAAGUGAUGUGGACGUUUCGGUUGGUGUCGAAGGGACCCAAAGUCCUGCGGAGUAUUGGGUUGCUCAUCGAUGUGACUCGGGGUCAGUUCUCGCUCAUGUCGAUCAAACAUCUCAAAGCCAAGGUGAAGGAUGGCUCCGGCGUUGAUUCGACUCUACGAACCUAUUAUGAUAAAACCACUGCGGAUGAAUCCGAGGAAUGGUCCUUACCGGGAGGAAGUUCCCUACCGUCUCCGACAUCUACCUCCACAUACGAGGUGAAAGUCGAGUUCAAUGCGGACAUAUUUGGAAAAUUUCAACAAUCGGUGGUGUUCAGCUUUGGCUCGGAACCUUAUUUGAAACAAGAUAUCAGUGUAGAUGUGGUUCCAGCAGAGUCCCAAGGGGCUACAGACGAGACGGAGGGUGUAGACGAGGAUGGAUUGGAGAAGAUUCAGCAAAGCAUCAUUUCCCAAGCUGAAAGAUGGGACGAACUCAAUACCACGAUCGUGGACUUUGAACCGCCCCUAAUCAAACCCGAGCCGGAAGAUGAAAUCCUUCUCCGAAGUUAUCCCCAUCCCCAACCAUCCAAGUUCCUGGCUACAAGCAAUGUGAAAGAACCGAGCCUCACCAGGAACAAUUACAUUGGCCGAAUGCACGAGUUGUUGUACAUUGAGGAAAUGGCCCAGUUUGAGCAGCUCUCCGAGUUCAAUGUGGUGACUAAUUUGGAUCUGACCAAAAGCUAUCUCCUCAUGCCUACAUCGACCAAUUCAUCUACCGCCAAAUAUGCUAGGCAAGGAGAACUCUUCGGAAAAAUGGCCUUGGGAUCGAGCUUGAGCGAAGAUACGCCUGCUGGUCGAUUGAUUUUGACCAAUUGCAACGUCCUUUAUCUGUCCAUUUCGGCAAAGACAUCCGGCAAGAGGAAGGCCUUCACUUCGGCUAUUGAAGACAGUGGGAAAGAUACUUUGUUCCUUCGGAUGUCGCCCAAGAUGGUCUCAGAGUUUGAUUUGAAGGAUGGCGAGCAUGUGGAAGUCGAAGUUCAGUUUCAAUUAAACCGAGUUCCCCUCUGCGAAAUGCACUUGGCUGUUGACAAAUUGCCGGAUAUCAAAUACGUUUACCCAGAUGUCAAGAGUAACGCCCAUGUGCGCGUGCCUUGGUCUCCAGCCAGACAGUGGGCUGAUGGAAUGGUGCCAGAUUUAAAUCCGAAACAAAGGGAGGCCAUUGUUGCCAUAACCUCUGAAUUAUCAACCCUUGCCCCACCCAUUUUGAUAAUCGGUCCAUACGGCACGGGAAAGACCUACACUUUGGGACACUCGAUCAAAUUGCUGCUCAAGCAACCCACGUCUCGAGUGCUCGUGUGUACCCAUUCGAAUUCGGCAGCGGACCUCUACAUUCGAGACUACCUUCACCCGUUCAUUCAAGCGAACCCGGAGGUCAAGUUAGUGCGUGUCUACUAUCGACAUCGUUGGGUCCAGACCGUGCACAAUGUGGUUCAAAAGUAUUGUUUGAUCAAUCGAACCGAGACCUCUCGAGUGUUUCGCAAUCCCACGUUCGAGGAUGUCAAGGAUGCCAAUAUUGUGGUGGCCACUCUAUCCACUAGUCGCUCUCUGAACGGGAUCGGUCUGAGAGCAGGUCACUUCAGUCACAUUCUGAUUGAUGAAGCGGCCCAGGCCAUGGAAUGCGAGGCCUUGAUGCCCCUCACUUUGGCAGCCCCCGAUACGAGGAUCGUGUUGGCGGGGGAUCACAUGCAAUUGAGUCCUGAAGUGUUCUCCCAGUUCGCCAAGGGGAAAAAUUUCAACAUGUCCUUGCUCGAGAGGCUCUAUGACCUAUACCCGACAAACUAUCCUUACAAGAUCCUGCUCUGUGAAAACUAUCGCUCCCAUGAAGCGAUCAUUAAUUACACUUCAGGCCUCUUCUAUGGUCAGAAACUUGUUGCUUCUGGAAAUCAAACGGUGCACGACAAAUGGUACCCUUUGACAGUGUUCACAGCGAGAGGCGAGGCUAUUCAAGACGCCAAUUCCACCUCGUUCUACAAUAACUCUGAGGUGUACGAAGUGGUGGACAGGGUUGACGAGCUCCAAAGAACUUGGCCCAAAUCUUGGGGUCAUCGGGACGAGAGCUCCAUUGGCAUUGUGACCCCUUACUAUGAUCAAGUCCAACGCAUUCGUAGUGAGUUGAGAAAGCGAAAGCUCUUUGGUGUCUCUGUGGAACGCGUCUUGAACGUUCAGGGCAAACAGUUUCGGGCCAUUUUCUUGUCAACUGUACGGACACGAAGCACUUGUAUCAAGUCCUAUGAUGACCCAGACGAGUGUGACUUCGGAUUCUUGUCCAAUGCCAAAUUGAUGAACACCGCCAUCACCCGAGCUCAGAGUUUGGUUGCAGUGGUGGGAGAUCCAAUCGCGUUGUGCUCUGUGGGGAAAUGCCGCAAAUUAUGGGAAAAGUUUCUUGAGAUCAGCAGUCAACAUGAUUCGUUGCUCGGCAUGAAGUGGUUGGAACUCCGAGGUAUGUUGGACAGGGUGGAGUUGAAAAAAACGUAUGUGCUGAAUCCUUUCGCACCCGAGUUCAUUCCCAGACAUCGAAGGCAGCGAGAGGCAUUUCUUCAAUCUGGAAUGUCCGCGGCCACCCCAACAAACUCCACCCCACAACACGUGUCGGGUAAUCAUCACUAUCCUUCUCAUGGGGCGGCCAAUAAUGGACUGGCGGCCAGAUUUGGGAACCACCAUCAACCCAUGAUUUACAGUCAGUUAAUGUAUCAGAACCACGGCCCUCCACCCCAAACGCCCCCGCCUCCUCCAUCCACACACGUGAACGGUGCGCCCACAUCAUUGCGGGGGUUUCCACCACUUCCUCCAAGUGUGCCGUUCAUGCAACUACCCCCACCCAUGUCACCAUUGAUGAAGAUAUCCCUAGCAAAUCAGAGCAACUUUUAUGCCGCGCCCAUGACUACCCAACCUCCACCAAUACCACAGACCAUGCGGAACUUCUACAAUCAACAGGCUCAGCAAGCGUUAAUGGCAGCCGCUCUCAUCGCCGGCGGAAAGUUGCCUCCUCCACCCCCUCCCCCACCGCGACAAAUUCCUCCACCCACUUAUCACGGAACCCCCGGGAUGCGACACCCUCAUUCCCCUUCAAAGCGGAUCCCCGGUCAAAUGAUGCUGCCCAAUGGUAAUCAAUCAUCGCCCCCUCAACAUUUCGGCCCUGGUUUGGGGCCUCAUGCCCGUUUACCCAAUCCUCAGUUUGCCAACACAAAAUAUCAAAGGCAAAGUGGAACUUCACCAUCACCCCCGACCAUGCCAGCACAAGGACCGCCUCCGCCCCAACCACCCCCGUAUACCACGCACCCGCCUCUGCCCGACCCGAUGGUGGGAGGCAAUGGGGCUAUCCCGCGGACAGGGAAUCAUGUUCAUGAGAAUCCACAACCCCCUGUGACGCACACUGCGGACUCGGCUCCCUCCGCUUUUCUAGAAGCUGCCUGCAACUUGCUUCCCGAAGAUUUGGAUGUCAGACCCUUUUUGGGAAGUGCCCAAAUGAAGAGGGCUUGGUUGAGCAUGGUGCAAACCAGUCGAGGUUUAAAUGAGGCCAGGCAGUUUACCGAAGUCUUGGCAGUUCUGGACCAGCGACCGGAAUUCAUCGAGACGAUCAAUUUGAUUCGUCAACAAAGGCAAGCUUUGUUACCUCUAAAUAAUGCAAGUCCUUUCGCAAUUCAGACUCACGAGUCCCAGCCACUUGUUCAAAGAACAGGCCCGUCCCUUCCACUCCCAGUUCAAAAUCUUUACCGAGGUAGUAAUAAAGUACCAAUGAGCCAACAGGAAGCCACCUCAAAUCCCGGAAACGCUGUGGAUGACGACUAUGACGAGGAGAUCGCCAGACUCCUUCAGAGCAACCUUCUCCUUACUGGCCUUUUCAAUGACAACCCGAGUGAAGAUGACAUCUCGACCAUUAUCAAUUCAGCUCUCGAACAAGACGCAGUGGGUACAUCACCAUCAUCACCUCAAAGCGGCAACCCCAACAUCCCAUUGUACAAGAGACGAGCUCAAGCUCAAGCCCAAGCUGAAGCUGCAGAAGCUGCAGAAGCUGGAGUCUCAGCUGCCCUUGCCGCUCAUGCCUCUCAUGCAUCUCAUGCUGAAGUGCAAAAGUCGGAAUCCAUAUGCACAGAUGCCAUGACUCAAGCCAUGACUCCCACCAGUUCUCGACCUCAUCCGGAUCUGUCUGAGAUGCCCAGGCAAGUUACUCAGCCGUAUAUUCCGCCUCUACGGGCGGAAGUAAGUGAAGCAGUUGAUAGUAACAAUGGGAGUGGGUCUAAAACGUAUGCCAAUGUUUUACGAACUUCCCACACCUCGGAGGAUCCACUAACUCGGAUUCGAAAUUUGGGCACUCAAGGCAACCGAGAGGCAGACGAUCAGAAUUUGUUUAACUUUAGAGGUGCUCCCUGGUAGUUAAGUCGCUAUUCGUGGGGUAUCGCCGUUAUGCAACUUUCGAACUUUGAUUAGUUUCAUUUCUUCAGAUUUCUGCUUGGCAGUUGCUUGAUACCACCAAUUCUUUUUCCCACUUUUUUUCGUGUCUUGUUAAAUGUCCAUUUUGCACUAAAUGAUUGUCUAGAAUUGAGAGUCUACUAUAACCUGUCCUUGCAAUAUGUAAUAUCGUGUUCGUGGUAAAAGAAAAAAACCUAACUGAGAAGAACAAAAAAACGAAAAAAAGUCCCCCCGAAAAUCCCCAAAAACCAAAAAAGUUCGCGUCUAACAAAUCUUUUUUUUUUCAACAAAACCCCAAAGAAUAAACUGCCUGAGUAAGCAGGCCAUAAAAACUAGAAAAGCAACAAAAAAUAAAAUCAAAAAAAGUUUUUGUCUAGCCUCAUUGCACCAUUGUCAAAUACAAAUACAUCAGAUAUAGUGUAUAUCAAAUAUAUUUACUGUAUGAAUGCAAAAAUCCUUAACAAAUCGUAAUCACUCUCCGUUUUGUUCUUGUUUGCACAUUGAAAUGUCCAGUCUCUGUCAACACCACUUGAAAGUGUUUCAUCAAUCUAGUUAUACAUAUACAUCUCUUUCUCUUAGAUUUAUCCAACCACAUAUGCAUCGUCCUUGCUUUUCAAAUCCCCUCUACCAUAAAAAAUAAGAAAAGAAACAUAAACACACAUCAAUUAUACCUUGAAGUUGAAAUCCAAACUAGAAGAGUGUUCCGCACCAUUGCAAAAAUAUUAUAUUCACCCAUAUUGUCCUACAUUUAAAGAUACAUUCACACAAACACUCCCUCACACACCAAUCAUCACACUUGAGACAUUUUUUCAUCUUGUCGAAUAAAGAGUCUUAUAUCGCUUGUGCAACCCCCAAAA